AUGGCGAAAAUCAAAUUUGUCCGACCCCACAAACAAAAGGAUGCAAACCCCCACAAUGAAGCAGCAAGAGGCAGUACACGAUCAUACUUGGCCAUGGAGCUGGGUGGUUCCCAUGCGGCAAUUGGGUGGAGGAGCGAUACCGAGCAUUGGAGACCUCUGCGAUGGACGAAGAGUACGGGCGCCUCUAGCUUGGGAGGCGUAGAGGUGAUUCCGACUACGACCGCCGUGCGUGUGAUCGAUCAAAGCCAGGCUCCAGGUCUCGGUCGGCUCGAAUUCCGGCACGGUCACGAUGCUAUGAAUGCCAGAAUGCAAAGUUCGACCUGGACGGUGUUCACGCACCUCAAACUCGCUCUCAUCGACGCUAAACCACCGACCGAGGGGCUGCAAAAAGCACUAGAUCUUGAAGAUAAGGAUGCAAGAGCUCUGGGUUGUACUAUCAAAGACAUCGCGCUUGCGUUCUUCGAGGACGUAUUGAAGCAUGCGGUCGCUGGUCUGAAAGGUCACGUGACCAUGUACGUCAACAUCGUCGAAAGUUGGCCAAGGGAGGUCGCUCAACGCUUGAUUCGAUGUUUCGAGCGCAUGCUGCCACACGCGAGAUUUGAGGUUGUUGAUGAAGCCUUUGCUGGCAUCGUUGGCUGCAUGUCGGAAAGGCGGCACCUCUCUGCGGCGUCUCGAUAUGUUGUGGUGGAUGGUGGACAUUCGACGAUGACCAUAGGCUGUGGGGUCGAUGUGGGGAAAUCCAGCUACAAGGUGACCAAACACGACACUUUUGACGCGGGAGCCGGACGGAUAACUGCAGACUUUGAAGACGAGCUGCGUGUCCAAGGCGUUGAUGACCCAUACCAUGCGGUACAGCAUGCAGAGGAGUACUUCAAGGCCGAUGCGGACGCCGAGCUUGACCCCCCAAACCUGCCACUGGCAAAAUGGACGGCAGCAUUAGCGCGAGGGCGUGAGUCGAACGCCGCACUCGAUACCGACCGUAUCGCCCUCAUGAACAAGACAAUCACAGAGGAGCAGACCGAGUCUGGACAGCAGGAGGUCAUGAUCAUCGUCAUCGUCACGGGAAGGGCUCUACGGAGUAAAACGUUCCGUAGAGAUGUAGAGAAGUUUGUAAAACGUGCAGGGGUUACCAUUCAUUACGCCGACGACACUGAAUGCACUGCCGUUAUGAAAGGCUUACGGACGAUUGCCGACGACCCGUCUAUUCUUGACGUUGAUGUCGCCCCGUUGUCCGUGUGGCUUCGAAGUGAACCAGAUGAUAGCCAUGGGGGGGCUGAAAGCAAUGCCGUCCGAGUAAUUCGUGUGGUGAAGAAAGGGCAGAGUCUUUCAGGGAAGGACACAACUCGACGAAAAGCCAGACGAACCACCCGCAAAGCAAAAGCGACUCGGCUAGCAACGGACAGCAGCAAAAGUAUCACGCCGAGACGAGAUGCCCGAUACCCGGUGGAGUUUGAUCUCAAGUUUCUGGGUGCUGGAGACGAUCCCGAUCCGCGACUGGAAAUUGACUUAUCGGUAUAUGGUACACGAGCGGACCUGAGUGAAGAGGAAACCAGACAAGGCACGGACGACGACCUGUUCGAUUAUACCACUUCUGACAUGGUCGUCCCGUUUGGAGAUCUGCGGAGGACCUUACCAUUGCAUAAGGACUCGUAUGUCUAUGUCUUUGUGCGGAUGAAGAUGUUUGCCACCAAGUUCGAAGUCGUCUACGCCGAAGAUGGACACCAGCUGCCCAAGCUGGGGACGACCCCCUUCAGCGAAGUCGUCCGCAAUGACACGCUCUCAGCUGACUGGCGGGCGCGGCAUGGUGUCAACCUCAAGCUCAUGCAAGUUGGUCAGAUCACCCGGCCAGAGACUCUAGUUGCAGCUCACGCACGCGAGACCGUGACCGACUCACCGUCCAGACGAUGGAUGGCACCAGGCGCAUAA